UCCUGUUUCUUUUUUCUCUCCCAGUGCCUGCAAGGCCUGGCUUUCCUUCAUGCCAACCAGGUGAUCCACAGAGACAUCAAAAGUGACAACAUCCUUCUGGGCCAGGAUGGCUCCGUCAAGCUGGCCGAUUUUGGCCUCUGUGCUCCGUUCAGCCCUGAGCAGAGUAAACGGAGGUCAAUGGUCGGGACCACUUGCUGGAUGGCACCCGAGGUGGUGAGAAGAGAGCCAUACGGCCCCAAAGUGGACAUCUGGUCCCUUGGCAUCGUGGGAAUAGAAAUGGCCAAAGGAGAGGCUCCUUAUAUUCGGGAACCAAUGGAUGUGGACAGGCGAGGUUCUGCUAAGGAACUUCUGCAGCCCAGCCCCAGACCUAGGGAUCAGACGCAGGCGCUGCUGCUGCUGCCACUGAAGUCAGCGAGGAUUUGGUGGUUGGUUUCCAUCCCAGCAGAACUGGUCACUUAUGAAGCCGGCUGCUGA